CUCGCGUAUGUGGAGUGGUUUACCCCCUUUCCUGCAACACCGGAUCCCAGACACAGCAUGUACAAAAUUAGUCAGUUAAUCAAGUCUGGUGAGAGAGUCGCGAGUAUCAUUCCAGUGUCCAAUAUUACCCGCAGCAUCCAUCUCAUGCCAAGGUUUGGAGCUGUUGCACCACGACACUGGACAGUCAACAAUGUU